AUGUCGGAGGGCAUCGUUGGCCGCGACAGUCAGGCGGCGGGGGCGAAGGUGUGCCACCACUGCGGUGCCCAUUUCAUCAAGUCGACGGCGAAGUUCUGCUCCAGGUGUGGGACGAAGAAGAAAUCUUCUCUGGUGGGGCGAAGGGAGACGACGGGCCCCGUUGACGAUAGACGCACGCCGUUGAAAGGCGGCCUGGACCACACGGGGAUUUACCACUCAGGGGUGGCUGGCAAAGCCGGCAGCAGCGGCACCCGUGGCGAUGACGACGGCGGGAAGGCGUCACAGUCCCCCGCACCAGCGCGGCUCUCGACCGUUCCGUCUCCGCAGCUGCCGCUGAAGCCGGACGAGGACCCGCAAGACCCUGCGGACGCCGACAGCACGAUUCACGUGACGCCGGAGGAGGAGGAGAAGUAUAAUUCGUGGGCCACGCUUAGCCCAGACGGCAUCACUCCGGAGAUGCUGCAAACGAAUGACGCACCCGCGCUCCGCUCGUGGCGACGUGGUCUGUUGAUUGGCCGUGGGACGUACGGCUCUGUCUAUUUGGGUUUACUUGACGAUGGCUCUUUCUACGCCGUGAAGUGCGUGGAAAUUGGGGGGAAGACUGGUAUGUUCAGCGUCAAGGAGCUUGUCUCCCUCUCGCGGGAGAUUAAUAUGAUGCGUCGUCUGCAUCACAAGAACCUCUGCACCUUUAAGGGUGUGUACUACGAUUCACUGAACAACACGAUUUGUAUGUUUAUGGAAUACAUCGGCGGCGGGUCUUUGACCUCGUUAGUGAAGAAAUUCAAGCCACUCCCUCCUGCCGUGGUGCGGAGCUGGACCCGGCAGUUGCUCACCGGUCUACUCUACCUGCACACGCAGGGCAUCAUCCACCGCGACAUCAAGGGUGACAACCUCCUCGUGGACACCUCAAGCGACCCAAAGCUGGAGUCGCAAAUCAAGCUCGUGGACUUUGGUGCGGCCAGGCGGCUCUCGGACGCUGUGGCGCAGAGCCGGACCGUCAUCGGCACCCCGUACUGGAUGGCCCCGGAGGUGGUGGACGUGACCGGCACCGGCGCCGGCUACAGUUACAAGGCCGAUGUCUGGUCCGUGGGGUGUACCGUGGCUGAGAUGCUGACGGGGAAGCCGCCGUGGCCGAGUCAGGUGAACGCGCCCGCGGCCAUCAUGAUGAUUGCGCAGGCGACUGACGGGCCGACGGAGAUUCCGGAGGCGGAGGCGACGCCGGGGUGCUUGGAUUUUAUGCGUAGGUGCUUCGUGCGGGACCCGGGGCGGCGGCCGACCGUGGAGGAGCUCAUGCAGCACCCGUGGAUCCUCGGGGAGGUGGCGUAG